CAGGAUGGGUGGACCUUAGAUUGGGUAAACAUUUCUAGGUUAUAACUUUCUCAAGCUCUGGAUUCAUCUGCCUGGACAGUUAAGUUGCACUUUGUCGUACUGCCUGCUCCCAGAGACAACAGUGCGGCGUGGUACUCUCCAAGCUUUACCUCAAUGACAUGAGCAGGUGACUCCUCAGCCUUGAUUGGGCGAAGCUCGUCGCCUGAGGUGCUAUGGUGCUGGAUAGAGCUGGUUAGAUUGGACACUUGGCGUCCGCAUCUUUCUCUUAUUUCCUCCGGCCUUCCGACGCGUGUUGCAUAACCAAUCUUCGGCCUACACUCUCGCAAUAACUGAACCGGAAACCAUGGAUCCAUAUUCCUCUGCUGAGCAGCCGCAGUGGUCAUGGCCUGCUGGUAUGAAUGCUGAACAAACAAGUGGCACUACCGGAGCAUCCAGCUCUGCCGAAACCCGCCAUGAAGCGGCCCAAGGCCCGGAGCCGAACCUCCCACGGCAGCGUCAAGCUCAUCCACGGCAGCGUCACUACAAGCCUCGGACCUGCCGGAUCUGCUUGGAAGUAGUCCAGCCGACGACCGAGAUUGACGAUUCGGCAGCCCGGAUCUUUGCAUCCAAGGUCCGCGUGAAGUACGUCUCCGAAGAUCCCGAACUUGGACGCCUCAUCUGCCCCUGCAGAUGCAAAGGCUCGCAGAAGUAUGUCCACGAAGGAUGCCUCCAGGCCUGGAGACAAGCCGCGCCCCUGUCGGACAGGAACUUCUGGCGAUGCCCGACCUGCCAGUUUGAGUACCGUCUGGAACGACUGAGAUGGGGCCACUGGCUGUCGAGCCAUUGGACGAGGGCUGCCCUCACCUUCCUCGUCAUGCUGACUAGCAUCUUUUUGCUCGGCUUCAUCGCCGAUCCCAUCAUCAACCUGUGGAUUGAUCCUCUGGGGAGCAUUGCCGAUACCAUCGCAGACGUUGUCACGGAUGUUGAAGGGCUGCGGGAGGAGUUGAAGAAUGACGAGCCCGCGACCUGGGCUUACCACUUUAUGAAAGGAUUGUUCUCUCUGGGCCUUCUCGGCUUCAUAAAGAGCUUUCUCGCAAUGUCGCCUUGGCAUUGGCUUAACUUCCGUCAUGGUGGAGCGUUUGGUGGUGGCGGCGGCCGGCGCGGUGGAAGGGGGCGUGAUCGUCUUGAAAGUAUCAACUGGGCUUUGAUCAUCAUCGGUCUGAUUACUUUUAUGGGCGCUACGUGGAAGUUGGUCAGCCACCUCAGUUCGCGGGUGCUUGAGUCGGUAAGCGAGAAGGUCACCGACGUUCAAGGGGACGAUCCAGAUGAUGAUGAAGAUGACGACGGUAAUGGUGAAGAUGAUGGCGUUCAAGACUCUUCUCAACCGGCUGAAGAGUCGAGGAAAGACAUUUGAGUCGAGUGUAUGUUUUGCUCGUUAUGCCUUGUGCCUCUCAUCGGAGGCAAACAAGACAUCCCAUAUUAUCUUGGCGGUCUCCAUCUGGUGCUGUCCCAUGCUGUCCCACUUCAUGAUCGGUGAAACGAGAAGCAUUUACCUGCACACUCUUAAGUUGCCACGACUCUCGCUCCCGCGUUGUGUCAACUAGUCUGCGUGCAAAGA